AUGGCACCCCCUGGCCCUGGCCAGAACGGCGAAUCCGUAGGAGUGAUGCAGCAGAUGAUCCAGGCCUUGCUCGCACGGCUGAAGACGCUCAUUGACUCUUUUGGGGCCAAGCAGUCGGUUGGUGUUGAGAACCGAUUCUAUUUCGACGAGACGGAGAAAAUCUGGAAGCUGCAAGGGGGCGAAACGGCAGAAGAACGUGCCGAAGCUGAGGCUUUCAGGUUCCAUACAGGCAGGGGUCUGUCAUCAAGCCUGGCACCUGCAACAACGGCGUGUGAUGCUACACGCGGGGACUGGCAUGAUGGCAAUGCUUUGCCGCCGCCACCGCCAGCCAUGGGUCCGGUAAGUUCGUCUCUGCACGGUGCAUCGGAGACGCCGCAGUUCAUGCCGUCCUUGGCUCACCCAGUGUAUGCUCCACAGGGCCUGGGCCAGGCAAGUGGACAGAGCAAUGCGCCCCGUGCACCUAGCACCGCAAAUGGCCCCGCAAAUCCUCAGCAUGAGGCUGGCAGCGCACCUCCACUCGCCAAUCCUUUCGCCCAAAUCUCGAAGCAACCCCUUUCGACACCCUUUGGUGCAGGGCAGCCCGGCCAACGGCCGGUGCUGGCUUCUCCCUUCGCACCGGCACUGUAG